AUGACCGUUGUUGAAAAAGCCUUUUCAAAGCUUACGCUUUCCAAAGAAAGCAAAAGCGAGAAAAUAAUCGAGAAAGAAAAAGACCUCAAGGAUGCAUCUUCAGACGGAGAGGCACCGCCAACAUACGAAGAGCACCAACAGCUAGACGACGAACAAUUCGUCGUCGACAUUCCAUCCCUCAACUUCCCCGACCCGGGACUCGCAGAGGAAACGACGGUAGAAAAAGACCGAUGUAUUCUACAUCUCAAGCUACUUGCCUCACUAGCCGACUUGCGAGAAACCAUCUCUUCUAUCGAUGGAUUAUUCGGUAUCCAUGACUCACAGGCUUUCAAGUUUGAGGAUGAGAACCAAAAGAACCAGGCUCUUAUCCGUAUUAGGGAGAAGCGCUGGGCUGUGUACACCGCUAGAGCAGUAGACCGUUAUGCGGACUGGUGGGCACACUGUGUACCGGUGUCUGAGGUGCCUCCUACUAUAUAUUCGGUUCGGGAAAAGUCGUACACUGCUAUUACUAGUGCAUAUCCGUCACCAUGGUUGGCAAAGAACCUUCCGCCCCUUGAUGUUCUCAUGGUCUGGCAUGCUCACAUGCUCAAUCCUCGUAACUAUCUAGAGGAUUGCAUUCGAGGCGGCAGAAUGCGCGCCUGGGCGACUGAAUUCCCCUGGCAAUUAAUCGACGCUGCUAUCGACAACAAAACGCUAGACUACAAUCCUGGCGACGAAGCUUUGGAGUACUUUACAAAGAACACUGGACAUCAGUGGGAGAACUUAGACGACCCCGAGGAGAAAGAACUGAAAUGUCUCAAUUGCUCGCGAUCAAUCAAAGUUGCCUGGACCUUUGGCGAUUUUGGAACCGAUCCAGAUGCCCCCUUUGAAGGAUGCUCUGGGUAUGCUGACAAAGACUUUUUGACAUACUGCCAGUCUUCGGACUGCAGUUUCAAACAUGACCAUCAAGCCCUGAGGGUCGCUCGGUUCCAUCAAGAUGUUGAUGAUCUCCUGCAGGAACAUCGCCCUAUGCCCGGAACCUAUCUGAAUCUUCAGGGUAUGCCAAAUUACAUAACCAGCAACGACCACAUGUUUCCUAACCAACUCAUUCGUGCUGGCAAAGACGCGGUUUCCGAACUCACCAAGCCCAAAAAGGAAGGACAGAUCAUGACUGACGUAAAGAAACUCGUAGAGGCUCUUAUGUCUGACAUAAGUAUCGUGAUAAGGAUCAAUGGCGGCCGCCGUAACUCGUUCAGACUGAAGCGCGAGCAAAGAAUAUCUAUACGGCGCAUGAUGGCUCACUACUGGGAGAACAGCUCAAUCUUCGGCCUGGAUCUAGUUGGAGCCGUCAUCCGUCAGGGCACAUUUAUCCAAAAGAUGGACAAUCUCGAUUGGAUUCAUUCACCUGCCGUCGCAGCCACCAUGGAGAGAUUGAUUCGCAAAUACGACGUUUUCUUCCAGAUCAUGAUUUCCCAUUCCAGAAAGAUGGCCGUGCCUACCUUGGACGUCGACCUCGCAUGGCACACGCACCAAAUGUCMCCCAGCCGAUACUUUAUGUAUUCCCAGGCCAAGACAUCAAAAGUCCGAGUGGGCAUCCCAGCCUUCAUCGACCACGACGACAAGGUUGACGAAGCCCAGCUCUCAGAUGCAUUCCAGUGGACUUCCAAGAAGUACUUUGAGAUGACCAAUGGCGAGUUGUACAGCGAAUGCACAUGCUGGUACUGCGAAGCCACGCGAGAGUCAUUCCUGUACCCUACACUGUCCAUCCCCUCGUCAUCGACCAGACGUGCCCGCACCCUCGCCGAAAGCCUGCACGACGAUCCAAGUAUCUCCCCCGAACCAGACAAAAACCCACACAUAUCCGCACACAACGCCGUGCGCGUAACGGGUGCUGACGGCAAAUAUGACGCCAACGCUCAUUUCAAGGCAAUGCGCCUACGACAGAUGUGGGACAAAGCGCAUCGUCGGAACCUGAAACGACAGCAGAAGCAAGCUCGGAACGGCAACGCCAACAACAAGUCAAGGUCAUAUAAUGAGGCUGUUGAUCCGUACUACCCGAUGGUUUAUGGGUAUCCGUACUUCAUGCCGUAUUAUGCGCCGUAUAUGGCGGAUCCGUAUAUCUAUGGGGGUGCGUAUCCGUGUAACCCGGCUUGUAUGAGCGCUGUGUCCGGUGCGUAUGGCAAUUGUGCGGCUGGUACUUGUGGUGCGAGCGUUGCAUCGGGCGCUUGUGCUGGUGCUGGGGGCGGUGGUUGCGGUGGUGGUGCCUGUGGAGGAGGCGGAGGCGGUGGUUGUGGUGGAGGCGGAGGUGGAGGAUGUGGAGGAGGGGGUGGUGGUGGUGGUGGUUGCGGUGGUGGAGGAGGUGGUUGA